AAAAGAGCGCCCUGAUCAAGCCGGACUUUGCGGUGCCAAGGCCUAGCAUCAGCGGAGCAUCGAAGGCGGCACCGUCUUCCGCCGUCCGACGAGAACACCCGCACGAAUUUCAAGACCCAUUUGAACACCAGAAUCGUUCGGCGUGCGGGUUCUAAUGGAGGAUACGUUGGGCCUGCUCAGGAUUCACGUCCACAGAGGAAUCAACCUCGCCGUCAGAGACCUCAGAAGCAGCGAUCCUUACGUUGUUGUGAGGAUGGGCAAGCAGACAGUGAAGACUCGCGUUGUGAGGAAGAAUCUCAAUCCCGAGUGGAACGAGAACUUGACUCUUCUUGUUACUGAUCCUGAUCUUCCUGUGAAGCUUGAAGUAUAUGACAGGGACAGAUUCAGCCGCGACGACAAAAUGGGGGACGCGGAGUUCGAUAUCAGGCCAUUCCUGGAAGCCGUGAGGAUGGAGGCGGACCUGGGAGGCCUCGAAGAUGGGACCGUGGUCACGAGGAUCCCGGCGAACCGGCAGAAUUGCCUGUCCGAGGAGAGCUGCAUCAUGGUGAGCAACGGUGAAGUGGUGCAGAACAUGUUCCUCAGGCUCCGCAACGUCGAGUGCGGAGAGAUUGAACUCGGGUUGCGCUGGGUUCACGUUCCCUCUCCCAGGGAAUUAUGAAGCUUCUCUCCUCUCUCUCUCUCUCAUGUCCGUUCACGGCACAAGUUUCUUU